AUGGCCAAGUAUGGUUAUGAAAAUGGUACAUUGCAUGAUAUAAUCCAUCCUCAACUUUUAAAUCAAAUAUUAUCUCCGCAAUCACUCCUCAUAUACUCAAAGGUAGCGUAUUCUUGCUUAAAUGAGGAUCGAGCAGACCGCCCAAAUAUGCACUAUAUUACGGCUAAACUUGAGAAAGCAUUGGAACUUCAAUUGCGUGGUGAAAAUAUUGAAAAUAAGUUGGGACACUUGAAGAUUCAUCUCAAUGAUAUUAAAUCAGCAACAAAUAAUUUUUCUGAAGCAUACAGAAUUGUAUCUUGGGAUGACGAUUAUACUUUGUACAGAGCGGAACUCCACUGUUUUGAUAAAGAAAAUCUUUCAUACCAGGAGGGGAAGUAUGGAGGAGAACAUCUGAAGGGGCAGAGCACUGUAGUUUUAAAAAGGUACCCUUCUGGACAUGACUUGUAUGGAGAAGAAGAGUUUGUUACAGAAAUUGAAAUACUAACGAGUGUUAAGCAUCCAAACAUUGUAAAUCUACUUGGAUUCUGUGUUGAGGAUUCUGAGAUGGUCCUUGUCACUGAGAAUAUCUCUAAUGGAUAUCUUGUUGAUUAUUUGGGAAAUGUCAACCACAUGCGUGUUUUAACCUGGGAAAAACGUUUGAAAAUUUGCAUUGAUGUUGCACAUGCGUUGAAUUACCUUCACCAUGAGACGGAAGACCAAAAGAUCAUAAUAAAUCGUGAUAUAACUAGUUACAGCAUUGGGCUGGAUGAGAACUGGGGGGCAAAGAUUGUUGACUUUUGGUUCUCCGUAUGCCUGCCUCCAAAUCAAGAAGACGAAGCUCUCUAUCUCAGAUGGAUUGGCAGAGACCAAUACAUAGAUCCAGAAUACAAGAAGACCAAUAAGUUAAAAAGAGAAUCAGAUGUUUAUAGUUUUGGAGUUGUAUUGUUUGAAAUUCUAUGUGGGGGGAAAGCCUUUGACCCAAUUUACAUGAAGGAGAAUGUCAGUGGGUUGGGCCAUGUGGCAAGACAAGGCUUCUGCAUGGGAACACUAGAGGACAUGAUAGAUCCUAUAUUAAAGGAUGAAAUCGGUGAAAACAAUUUCGUUCUAACUAGAGGACCCAACAAGGAUUCCUUGCACACAUUUAUGAAAAUUGCAUAUCAGUGUGUAGCAGAAACUCAAGACCAACGUCCAACAAUGAAAGUCGUUGUCAAGGAACUGGAGAAAGCACUAUCAUUUCAAUUGAAUUCAGAGGUAAAAUCUGAUUAUGUGGAGGAGAAGAGUGAUGCUUCCAUAAUUGAGACACAAGUAGUUGAGCUUUCUAAUGAAGUGAACAAUAUGAACAUGACUGGCGAAUCUGAAAAUUUUAAAAUUCAUAACAAGGAAAAUAUGUUACAUGACCAAACCGAUGACCCAGCUGAACCUGACUGUUGUAAGUUUGCUGUGUUUUGA